CCAAAUCAAUCUCUCCCUUUUAUUAUCAGCGCCAUCAGGGCGAAGAACGAAGCGGAAAGACGAAAAAUCCUCAUAGAAAUGCGACACCAAAACCUUUCUUUGCCUCACUAAAACCUUCCCUUCUACCUCCAUGAACCCAGCAAUGUCUCAAGCCACAUAUCUACUUCCUAACAACGUUACAGGUUUUGGACUGUCAGAUGGCAGAUGCGUACCAUGCUCUGGAGUUUCAGGACGAGCGGCCCCAGUCUCUUCUCGCUCUUUAUAUGUUGAACAUAGAAUUAAUGCACAGGUCAAAUUCCCAACCCUAAACUGUACUUCAUUGGGGGCUUCUUUUACGUGCAAUGCAACCUCGGGCGGUCACAGGAGAAACCCAGAUUUCUCUAAGCAGAAUAGGCAUGGCUUUUCUAGAGGCAGAAAUAGGCAAAAUGAGGAGAGAGAUGGCCUUGAAAAUCUUGAAGAAUCCGAUUUAUUAUCAUCUAAGAAUGGACCAUUACUCUCCCUUUCUAGUAGUACCCCUAAAUCCCAAGCCACUGCCACCCCAGGCCCAAGGGAGAAAGAAAUUGUUGAACUUUUCAGGGAGGUUCAAGCUCAGCUACGGGAGCGAGCUGCAAUGAAAGAAGAAAAGAAAAUGGAAGCACAAGGGCACACGAAAGGGAGUGAAACUGUGGAUUCUCUUCUUAAGCUAUUGAGAAAGCAUUCGGUUGAGCAAGGAAAGAGAAGCAGUGGUAGCAGCAGCAGUGGGGGCAAGGAUUUCAGUUUCAACCAAGUUAAAGAGAAUGAUCCAUACGAUGAAGGCAAAGGCACAAGCAUUUUUGGCUUAAGUGCAAACCUGAGAGAGAAGACACAAGAACCAACCAGAUCUUCUUUCAGUAGACCCAUAUCAAAUUUUCAACGUAAAUCCCCCGUGCCUCGGGUGAAAUACCAACCAAUUUACCCUGGGGAGGACAGUAUUGUUGAGUCCACUGCUGGUGUGAAUUCAAGGGGGUUGAAAUUCAAUGGAAUCGAGACAGGUUCUGAGAUGAAGUCGAAGGUUUGGGCACGGGAAGAGUCAAAACGAGAGUCGUGGAAAGAGCUGCAACCGCAAAGGGAGACAGGGCCAGGGCCAGACCCAGACCCAGAGUUUGAGUUGGAGCCAGAGCCUGAAUCAUAUGAGCUAGAGCAUGAACCUGAUGAGAUGGAGCCUGAACUGGUUAAUUUAUUAACUGUGUCUUCAGAUGUCAAUGAUACAUUUGAUGACGAUGUUAAAGACAAUGAAAAUUUUGAAAAGCACGAGGACUUGAACUCGUUGAAGCUAGCUGAACUGAGGGCAAUUGCCAAAUCACGCGGUUUGAAACGGUUCUCGAAGAUAAGGAAGAGCGAGCUUGUGCAGUUGCUAAGCGAGGCUCAAGAAUGAGAAAGUCAUGUAGGACAGAACUUCUGGGUUAUAGAAUGUUUAGGUGCUCUUUUUUUUCUCUUUUCUUUUGCUUGAAUAUAAUGAAAUCUGAAUGACCAGUUUUGUUUUGGAAUUAGCUUUUCAAAACUUUUCCCAGAUUGUAUAUCUGGCUAACAUUUUCACAGGUUCAGAGUACAUGUCAGCAACGCUCUCUUCUUUCUUUCACCUUUCUCCACUUCAGAUACUUUGUUCACUUUUAGAAAUGAAUCAUUUUUGGAUGAACUAA